AUGAUUAAGAUCUUGAGCAUGGAAAUAGUGUCCUCCCUGGAGCCAAGCUUUGUGCACUCAUGGCUGCUGAGUGUGUGGGUGUGUGUGCGUGAGGGUCACGUCGCCACCCUGGAGGCGGAGCCAGCAAGUCUCGGCUGGAAGGGCCCCCCAGGACCCCCCUCAGAGCCUCACGGUCCCCCCUCUGUUGGUCCCACGGGGUUCCCUAACCCGGCCACUCCAAACACCUUUUCUGGACCGUCCACUCCAACAUUUAACCCACCUGGUCCUACUCUGAACAGACCCUCUCCAGGACCUCCCACAGGUCCCCAAGGCCCCUCAUCAAAUCCUGGGAAUUAUCCUUCGGGCCCUGGUGGCCCUCAACCCUUCAACACGCCUCCCAACAGCUUUUCGGGGCCGCCAACCUCAGGCCCCCCAUCAGUCCCCUUCCCCGGCUCCCCUGCCCCUUCCAAUGCAUCCACACCUGGUCCCGGAGGACCCUCUCCCUUCCCUGGGCCCCCAGGGGGAGGUCCUCCAACCAGCAUGGCACCCACCAGCAUGUCUGGACCUGGGCCAUCACCCAUGCCAUUUCCUUGUUCCUCUAACUACAGUAGCCCCACUCCCACAGGCCCCCACAUGAAUGGCCCAAACAGCACUUUAGGGAUGUUGGGGCAGCCUCAUGCCCAGAUGAUCAAUGGUCCACCUGGUCAUCCAGGGCCUUUUCCAGGGCCAGGAGGGCCAGGACCAGGUUUUUCAGGCCCAGGAGGACCUUUUGGUCCUGGAGGGCCACCUUUUGGCUCGGGGGGACCACCGGGGGGCCCUCCCAUGCAUGGUCCAAUGCAUGGACCUAUGCAUGGACCAGGACCACAUCCAAUGAUGGGACAGAUGGGACCCAUGGACAGGAUUGAUCAAGGAAGGUUAGUGAAUGUGGUGUAGGAGUUGUGUUCUUUGUAAGUACUAUCCUCCUUCACCGUGCAUCGUCCUGUCUCUUAUGUGUCUAACGCUUAACCUGUGAUGUCUCCUGGUGAAGGUAUUGAGAGUUGUUG